CGCUGCUCUCUGCCACACUUGCGUUACUUUACUUGGACCCGACAGGAGAGGCUGGAAAACCCCCACACCGCCUGUUUGGUCUUACCUUGACGCGCGUAAUCAUUUUUUGGGUUUUUGCGCUUCAUUCCGCAUCUGGACCGCUGGAGAGAGUUCAGCGCAUCCACCGCGACGCAGCGCACUGAGAGAGUGAUCAGACCCCCAGUUUGGUGAGUGAAGAUGAUUCCUGUGCUGAUCUGUGCUCUGAUCUCACUGAGUGUAGCAGAAAACAAUGACUUAGACACUCUGUUUCCUGAACUGGAGCACUCAAGAACCAUCUAUGUCACAGAGAACGGCCCUCGACUCUCCGUGGUGGCGGAUCAAUUGAAGGUGGUGACAAGGCGGGGCGGAAACGUUACCUUACCAUGCACGAUCAAAAGGGACCAAUCAAUGGCACCGAACCGCAAGAUGAGGAUCAAAUGGACCAAGCUCACCUCGGACUAUCUGAAAGAGGUGGAUGUUUUUGUUGCCAUGGAUUAUCACAAAAGGAGCUACGGUAGUUUUCAUGGACGUGUCCACCUACAAGGCUCCUCUCCAAUGGAUGCCUCUCUGGUCAUCACAGAAAUCACCCUGGAGGACUAUGGGAGAUAUAAAUGUGAAGUUAUUGACGGGCUGGAAGAUGGAACAGUGGUGGUGUCCCUCGAUCUAGAAGGUGUUGUCUUCCCCUACUACCCCCGCCUGGGUCGCUACAACCUCAAUUUCUACGACGCUGAGCGGGCGUGUCAUGACCAGGAUGCCAUCGUGGCCUCAUUUGACCAGCUGUAUGACGCCUGGCGAGGAAAUAUGGACUGGUGCAAUGCCGGCUGGCUGAGUGACGGCACGGUGCAGUAUCCCAUCACCAACCCCAGAGAGCCCUGUGGAGGCAAGAACACGGUGCCCGGUAUCCGCAACUAUGGCCUGAGAGACAAGGACAAGAACCACUACGACGUGUUCUGCUUCACCUCCUACUACAAAGGUCGGUUCUACUACCUGAUCCACCCCUCUAAGUUAACGUACGACGAGGCGGUCAGGGCUUGUCAAAAAGACGGUGCUCAAAUCGCCAAGGUCGGCCAGAUGUACGCCGCCUGGAAGCUGCUGGGCUACGACCGCUGCGACGCCGGCUGGUUGGCCGACGGCAGCGUCCGCUAUCCCAUCUCCCACCCCCGCCGGCGCUGCAGCCCCACGGAGGCCGCCGUGAGGUUCAACGGCUUCCCCGACAAAAAGCACAAGCUGUACGGAGUGUACUGCUUCAAGGGCCACAACUGAGCUGCAAACACACACGCAGACCACCUGCAAACACACAUCAGCAUGCACACACACACACACACACACACACACACACACACACUGAUACACUAGUGGAAUGAAAAAGAGACCGAGGAGCGAAGUAUGAACAAACACAUUCAAACUGUGAUGCUUUAUUUCAUGGAAACCUUAAGACAUUAUCGUCAGACAAGAGUCAUGUUGUUGCUUUGUAACCUGGGACCUGAUACUCUACGAGGGAUAGUUUACACAUAUUUAAGGUUCAUAUAAUUUAAUCAAUGCCUUUGAAGAGGGGUGGGUGGGUUGUUGUUGUUGUUGUUGUUGUUGUUGUCGGGGGUGGAGUUGGGGGUUGGGGUUGGAGGAUAUCACAGCUACAGCCAUACUGUCAUUCAAGAACGGACUAGGCUCGUCAAAUAAGAAGGUCCGAACUGAGUUUCACAGCGAAACGACUCGUGGCCGGACGGAUACUUUUGGGGCACUUAUCUUGUAACGACGACGCAGAGCCACGAAAACACACGAGGAGAAAGAAAAAGCUCAAAUCCUGUGAUACUUGUCAGGUAGGAAUACAAGCCUAGCACAACUCAAAAACCGAUCUUUGCUGUCCACACUUCACAAGGUGCUACGACUGGUACUUUGUACUUCAUCACACCGUCCAGUAUUUUAUGUUUUUAUAUAUGCGAAUGUGUUGGACCAAACGUCAGUCACCAUCCAAAAUGAGUAAGAAUAAGAAAACACCCAACUGUUAGCGUUGUUUAUGUUUUAUAAGUAUGUAGAAUGUUAUUAUCUAGAAAAUGUACUUCUGUUUUUUGACUAUUUUUUGAUAUACUGUAGAAAUAUUUACAUUAUUAAUUGUUUUCGUCUUUUUGGCCAAACUAUCCGAGUCUCUUUGGUUUACAUAAAACAUAAGAUAACAACAGUGGAAAGAAAAACAACACUCCACAGUACUCUUAAUGAUAAUAAUAAUAAUAAAUAAUAAAAAAAUAUAUAUUUGCACUGAACAUGUAGAAGGUGCCUAAAGCAGCAGACGAGACAAACAGUAGUUCGCUCGAUGCAGCAUUAGAAAAAAUGCCUGGCCUGAGUAGAAGCCGUGCUGCGCUGCAGAGUCAGUUUGACGGUGACGUAAAGCUUCGUGGCUGCUGUAUCUCUCUGUUUUGGCUUGAUUGUAGACUUCAGAGCAUGACUUAGCUUCUACAAGCAGCUGUCAGUGUAGACCGACACACACUAUCUAUCUAGCGCCUUGAUAAACUGCUAUUUUUGAUACAAAUACUGUAGUUUCUUAUAGUGAACGAGCAGAGCUGACACUUCUAGCCCCAUUUGUGACCUAGCUCCCUCCGUACGUGACUCCACAGAUCUGUUUGGUGUAGAUCCCUACGCAAGACACUUCACGUCCAGGUGUAAACAAACGUCUCCAAGAUGUGUGCUGAUAAUCUCUGAAGGUCCCAGAUUGAUUUACCAGUUCAUCCACAGUCCCAUAAGCCUUCGGGAAGGAACGUAGUCUCGCCAAGGGCUAAAAUCUGAUGUCAGCUUCGGAGGGGACAGUCACAUUAAAUUUUCUCAAGAGAAAUUCCUGAGGAUGAUGCCAAAAGUACUGCCGUAACUCUGCUACAGAAACAUGCUGUCACCCUGCCAGUGAAGGAACAGCACAUUAAAUUACAGGCUUCUCUCGUGGACUCAAACAGCUUGCAAAUUUGAAUAAAACAAUAAAUGUAUUUAAUUACUUUUGGACCCUUGAAACCCGGUGCAAGCUUCAGACGGGGUAACAGCUCAGCAGCUACAGUGAAGAUUUAGGCUGAAUAAAAAUGGAGUCAAUAACGUCUUUUCAAAUCACUUUUUCUGCUUCUGGAAACUUGAUGGCAGAUGAGCUUUACGUAGCCAUGUAUGGUGCUUUUUUAGUUUAUACAUUUUCAAACAGUCCCUCAUCUUCUUCCUGAGCUGAGGGGCAAGUCAAUCAUUUUUUGUGGUUAUCCAUUUUCUAAGUCUGAUUUUCUAAGUCUGACAUUUUGAGGAGAAUUUUUUUGUAUCGCUUGGUGUCACUUUUUUUUUUCUUUUCCAUUUCUCCAUUUUCCUCCCCUUUUUUUCUCAUUUUUUUUCUCUUAAAUUAAAUAUUUAUUAAGUGUUUUGGUUUGAUGAAAAACAUGAAUGAUUUUAGAAAGGUUAUCCUGAUCCAAUUCUAAAGUCAUAAACAUAGGAGAGGAUUAAAAAAAUAAUAAUCUUUUUUCCAUUUCUCACUUUUCUCAUUUUUUCCAAGGCAUUAAAAGAUCUUCUGAAAUAAAUAUUAAGUGUUUUGGAUGAUGCACAUUAAUGGUCUUAGAAAGAUUAUCCUAGAAAAGGAGAGAAAACUAUUUAAAUCAGAAUUAGAAAAUGGACACAUAUACAAAUUCACUUUGUGUCACAAAUGAAAAAAAAUGUUCUUUCUUUUUAUUUCAAGACAUUAAAAAAGUCCCCUGAAAUAAAUAUUUAUUAAGUGUUUUGGCAGAAUUAAUGAUCUUAUCCUGGUAAAACUUUUGUUCCCAUUAGUUCUCAAGUCAUAAACACAGGAGACAAAACUAUUUAGAUCAGACUUGGAAAAUGAAUUACAUGAAAAACAAUAAAAUGUCUUCACUUGCCCCUCGGUGCUUCUGUUCAGUAGACAUCUGUGAGAUAAUGUAAACACCUUUGAAGAUGAACACCUCUUAAAGUUUGCGUAGGGAGCAUUUAACGUAUGGGUUGCUGAGGUCACAAAUGGGCCGAGGCCCUGAGUGAGCAUGGUUUUUCCUGGCAGCGACCGGCUGCCUGAUUGCUAUCUAAGCUCUGCACCGGCCGACCUGCCUCUCAGGCACAGAUCGAACCCGGCGGGCCUGCAGCCAACCAGCACCGGGCUGCUGAACGAGACAGAAAUACAAUACAUUCAAAAUACCGAUAAUUCCUGCGUGGAGGCGGUCAGGGCUUCUUCCAUGUAAGGGAAUCAGAGAGUAAACGGUGCACAUUGAUCAAGUGUAAGCUCACCAGCUGGCCCGGAUGCUGGUUUAGGUCAUCCACUUGGUUUAGCUUUACUUGGCUCCACAAGCCACUGAACAAUCAGACUCCUGCUAAACUGAAGAACUGCAGGACAGACUCACGAGGACGACUUUCUGUAAUGAUUCGACGAUGCGGGGGAACAAAAUGAUGACUUUACAGAACAGCAGCUGAAGAAAACACUGACUGAAGAGUCUUCUGCAGUGGUGCAACUAAGAGAUUUGGUCCUGUUAACGUGUAUUUUUUCUUUUUUGUUCAGCUUGUAAACAAUCUUCAAGUAAUUUUAUGUGUUUGUAAAAGGAAUAGUUUGAUGAUUUGAGGGGUUGCAUCACAGGGAAGACUUGAGGAAGACACACAGCUUGUAAAUCCUCAGUAAACCACAACUUUUGAAUUUUUGCAUAAUGCAACAAGUUAUUUUAGAGGUAAAAAAGAAAUGAUACUGCUUUCAAAUAUGUUCAUUACAUUGAUACGUAAUAUACACGUUCCUGGACAACAUUGCUAGCAACACCAGUUAACAACAAGGCUGUUUUUCUGGCAUAGAAACACAUAACAAAAUGUCCACAGACGGAAGUUUUAUUUCCCAAACUGUCAAACUAUUCCUUAAAACGAUUUAAAGAGACUUAAAUUCUGCUGCCUUUUAUUUUUGUGUAUAAUUUGACCGACUUUGCUGGUCUCGGGAGUCUCGAUAAUAACUGCAGACCACAAGGAAACCUUUGGGACCCAAAGACAAAAGGACAAUAAAACAGUACAUAAA